GGGAGCGCGCGAGCCGGCGGCGGGGGCGGGCAGCGGGAGGCGGCGGCGGCGGCGGCGGUGGAGCGCGGAGCCUGAGCCCGGCCGGGCCGAGCGCAGCGCAGCGGGCCGGGGAGAGGCUGGCGCGCCCGCGGCCCCGCGAAUCCUCUGGCAUCCGCCCCGGCGGGCCGCCCCGGCGCGCAAGGUUGAAGCAUGGAGCUGCGUGUGGGAAAUAAAUACCGCUUGGGCCGAAAGAUCGGCAGUGGGUCCUUUGGAGACAUCUACUUGGGUGCCAACAUUGCCUCUGGUGAGGAAGUAGCCAUCAAGCUGGAAUGUGUGAAGACGAAGCAUCCUCAGCUCCACAUCGAGAGCAAGUUCUACAAGAUGAUGCAAGGAGGAGUGGGGAUCCCGUCCAUCAAAUGGUGCGGGGCUGAGGGUGACUACAAUGUGAUGGUCAUGGAGCUGCUGGGGCCCAGUUUGGAGGACCUCUUCAACUUCUGUUCCCGAAAGUUCAGCCUCAAGACGGUGCUGUUGCUGGCCGACCAGAUGAUCAGCCGCAUUGAGUAUAUCCACUCCAAGAACUUCAUCCACCGGGACGUGAAGCCUGACAACUUCCUCAUGGGCCUGGGGAAGAAAGGCAACCUGGUCUAUAUCAUUGACUUCGGCCUGGCCAAGAAAUACCGCGACGCCCGCACCCACCAGCAUAUCCCCUACCGGGAAAACAAGAACCUGACUGGCACUGCCCGCUAUGCCUCCAUCAACACCCACCUGGGUAUCGAGCAAAGCCGUCGAGAUGACCUGGAGAGCCUGGGCUAUGUGCUCAUGUACUUCAACCUGGGCUCCCUGCCCUGGCAGGGCCUCAAAGCGGCCACCAAGCGGCAGAAGUACGAGCGGAUCAGCGAGAAGAAGAUGUCAACGCCCAUCGAGGUCCUCUGCAAAGGCUACCCCUCCGAGUUUUCAACAUACCUCAACUUCUGCCGCUCCCUGCGGUUCGAUGACAAGCCCGACUACUCCUACCUGCGCCAGCUCUUCCGCAACCUCUUUCACCGGCAGGGUUUCUCCUACGACUACGUUUUUGACUGGAACAUGCUCAAAUUCGGUGCAGCCCGGAAUCCCGAGGACGUAGACCGGGAGCGACGAGAACACGAACGGGAAGAGAGGAUGGGGCAGUUGCGGGGGUCCGCGACCAGAGCCCUGCCCCCUGGCCCGCCCGCGGGGGCCACCGCCAACCGACUCCGAAGCGCAGCCGAGCCUGUGGCUUCCACCCCGGCCUCCCGCAUCCAACAAGCUGGCAAUACUUCUCCCAGAGCGAUCUCACGGGCCGACCGGGAGAGGAAGGUGAGCAUGAGACUCCACAGAGGUGCGCCUGCCAACGUCUCCUCUUCAGACCUCACUGGGCGGCAAGAGGUCUCCCGGAUUGCAGCCUCACAGACAAGCGUGCCAUUUGACCAUCUUGGGAAAUGAGGAGAGCCACCACGGACCAGUGUUUUGCUUAGUGUCUUCACUGCAUUUUCUUUUAAAAGAAAAAAAAAUGAAAUAAAUUACAAUAAAAUAAAAAUAAACAAAGGACAGAAAGAAAGAACCACUUAAAUGAACAAAAAGGAAAAAAAACGAAACAAAAAAAAAACAGAAAAAACCCACAACCCAGCACAAAGUCGACAAUGAAUUUUGUUUCUUUGAUUUAUUUUGCCAAUGGCAAAAACACAAGAUGUCCCAAGCACUGAGGAUUCUUGUCCCCUCGCCUCGCUCACUGCUUCCAACCCGAAGGCUGCCAGCACUCCUCUGCCGACAUUGGGUCACACUCCAAUGGCCACCUGUCCUCACCACCACCUGCCACGGGCCGGGCGUCGGAGGUGCCUGAAGAGCUCGGGUCGGGGAGUGGUUUGGCCAGUCAAAGACAAGUUCCGUGAGAUUUCCUGAGCCUUGGAUCCAAGGAGACACACACGGCCGGCAGCCCCUCGGCAGUGACAGUGGCCAGUUUCGUAUUGGGCUUUCCCAACGUCCCUCUUGAGCAUCCUGGUUCCCUGACCUGUCACCUCUCUGCAGAGACCUGGAGGGUGCAGUGGAUGGCGGCCAUGAUGCCGUGUGCGUGUGUGUGUGUGUGUGUGUGUGUGUGUGUGUGUGUGUGUGUGUUUGUGUUGAGUGUGUGUGAGAGAGAGAGAAAGAGAGAAAGACCUGUAUUUUCCAGAGCAGCAGGUGUCCUGCCAGCACCUGCCUGGCCAAGUUUCUGUUCUCAUCCCCCUAAAGUCAAGGUGGGGGGGGACAAUGACCUCCACAUCCCUCAGGGCAUAGAGUCCUUGCCACCACCUGUCCCCAGAUGCCAGUGUGUGGCACCCCCAUCUUCCAUUCCUGAUCUUAGGCAAGUUCUUGGAGCCUGCUCCCAGACGGCGCGGGCUCUGGGUCAGUUCCCUGGUCCUACAGUCACCUGUGGUCACCCUUUUUCCCAGGCCUGACUUCCGAGGAGGACCCUGGGUCAGGGCUAAGUGUUGAAUUUUCCCUUCCUGGUUAACACCUGUUGUUUUUUUUUUUGUUUUUUUUUUUGUUUUGUUUUGUUUUACUUUGUUUUUUUUUUUUUUUGUUUUAAUUUUAUUUUUGUUUGUUUUUUCGGUGUGUGUAUUUCCUAAUUUAUUUACCUCUUUUUCCCCUUCUUUUUUUUUUUAAUUAAAGAGGAAAACUUUUUAUUACUUUGUAAUUUAAAAAACUGAAAAAAAAAAUUACUGAAGAACUUUGGGGGGAAUUUUGUACUUUUUUCCUGUGUAAAUAUUGGACUUUUUUGAGCUUUAUUGUGGUUGUUAAUUUGAAGUAAUAAAGUAGAAAAGGACAAAGUGA